CGGUUGUACAAAAUUGUAAAUGCGGUGUACAAUUUUUUCUGUGGCUGACAAUACAUGAACUACGUACACUAAAUAAUUGUAUUUUCAAUUAAAGGUGAUAAAAACAUGGAACAAUAUGCGAUCGUUCGUUUCAAAGAACAGGAAGAGAAUAGUAAAAUUCUUGAUUUGGUCCCAAUUUCGUGGGUGCGUGGAGAUGAGAACAGUAGAUACACGUUAUACCCUGAGCCAUGCGAUUACCAGCACAUUGAAAAGUGGCUAUCAUGUUCGAAAGAGCCGGAGGAAAACUGGAAAUCUUUUGCAAUAGAAGUCAUUGCAUAUGCAGGUAAUUUAAAACAAGAAAAAAGGCGUCUCAAGCGAGCCUUGAAAACGGAAAAUUUUACGUUUACUGAUGAUGGUUGUAAUGAGGAAUUUCAACCUAUCACAAUGUCUAUAGAUUCUGUCUCAAAAAGAUUAAAUGCAGUGAGGUCUUUUCAACACCACGACAAAUGUUCUUCACCUUCAGUAAAUUCCAUGACCACUGUAGGACCAAAAACCAAAAACAAUUCACAAAUGUGCUUGGGGAAUGAAGAAAGGAAUCUGGAGAUAGCAGAUAUUCCUUUAUUAGAAGAAACUGCCGCUAUAGAGAUACUAAAUCUAUCACCGAAUAAUGAUCCCGUUACGAAAGAAUAUAUAAACCACAAGUUCAACGAAUUACAAGAAGCAAUAUCGAACCAAAUAGCUUCUGCUAAAAGAAGCAUUUUGUACGAAUUGGAAAAAAAAAUAAAUGGUAUUAAACAUACACUUUUAUUCAACAGUGCGACAGGGUCAUCUACCUUACAAGACAGCAUUAUUCAGAAUUUUAAUAGCUGGCGAUACAACCGUAAAAGACAGUAUCGCUAAAUGUCUAGGGUCAGUGAUAGUUAAAGCAAUUGAACUGGAAUAUUCGGGAACCGGAAAAGUGAUUAACGGUCGAGGAAAAAGAAAUUUUAGUGCAACAAAUACAUAUGUGUGUUUAAGAGAAGCUUUGAUCGAAAAACAUAACACCCUCGACAUAAAAAGAUUACCAGGCCAGGUGGGCAUGUGGCUGUCUCGAGCUGGUGAUAGAGAAGGCGGCCGAAAAAAGUGA